UAAAAGUGAGAGCAAAGGCCGCAGAAAUUCAGUUGAAAGAAGUUACUCGUUUUGUGAAAAAUGCGUCUGUUUGUUGCUCUCGUUUGCAUCAGUUUGGUGGCCCUGUCCUCCGGUCAGGUGUCCCUCCGUGGCAGAUCCCUUCGCUCUGGCCAAAUGAAGCUAGCCGUGGAACCUCCCACCUUGUUGGUGAAGACUCCUGGCAUUGUGGCACCCACUUUGCUGGUGAAGAAUGCCGCUGUCCAGCUUGAUGAUGAGGCCGUGGCCACUCCAGCUAUCCUUCCUCAAGUUUCGGUAGGCAAACGUCGCAUUGGUUAUCCUUAUUAUCCUCGCUACUGGCCCGACUAUGGCACUGAUGGCUGGUAUCCUGGCGGCUGGAAUUCUGGUCCUCGUUAUUGGGACAACAGCUGGUACAACUAUCAGGCUCCACCCUUCAUGCCCAGGCGUCGUCUUGUCAAGCCUGUGGUUGCUCCACUGGAUGCCACAUCCAGCUCUAGCUCCACCACCACCACUACUGUGGUUUCUGAGGAUAAACCCGCUGUAGAGGCUGCCGUGGUGCCCGAUGUGGUUGCUGUUCCCGAAAUCCUGCCCGUUGCCGAUUUGGUUCCCGUUCCCGAACUGGCUGUCCUGCCUCAAGUCGAAGGCGAGGGACUGAUGACCACUCAGGUGAUCUAA